CCUCAUUUCUACAAAAAAACUUAAAAUAAAUACAUACGUAAUUUUUUUCGCAGAAAAUGUUUUAGUAAGAUAAUACAAAAAUAAAAGACCCAACAUUAAUUGUACAGUGUAGACAUUGAUGCUAUUUAUCGACGUACCAUUUUUGUGAAGAACGUUAAAUCAUUUCGAUUAGGCUGCUUUUCAAAUAUCUAAAAAUAGCGUUAUUUGAAAAAUAAAAAUAAUUAAGCAAAGGCUAAAGCCUACAAUUUGAAAACCAUCUUUUUGGUACACCGUUUGUAUACAUUAUUAUGAAAAUAUAUUACAUUAGUUAGCAUUAGUUAAUACUGAAAUCUCAAAAAUAAAAAAUAUAUAUACAUAAACAUUUUUUUAUUCCAUUGUGGUACGAUCGAUGUUAUCAUCCCAUAUUACCUCUAGUGUUAGUCUCAUCUAAGCUUCCUUUAUAAAACUAUAUGGGUAACUUAUUAACAUAUCCAGUGUUAAAUUUUGGCAAUGGAUACAUAAUUUGUUUUAAAUCAGUAUAGAUAAUAAAUAUGUAUAACCCUCUUUUUAUAUGCUUUAUGAUUUAAAUCGUAAUAAAUGACUGCGUGCUGUGUCUGUAAACAUUUAUUACAAUCACUUAAAACUCUUUUUUGUUUCCGACCACUUGAAUUAUUAUCUUUGCCUGCGGAUAACAGACAACUCUUAAUAGGUACUCUAAGCACGUGGACGGAAUUCAGUAGAUAUGUUGUGCAAAAUACAGACAAAACAGUGUCGUAUUAGCAAAAUCUUGUUGGAAUGGAUACAUAAUAUAAUGUUGCAUAAUUUUUUUUUUUUUUACCAUACGAACUGGCUCAAUCGAUAAGAGUCUAGCAAAAUAAUUUUUAUGAACGUUUUAAAGACCUUGAGCUCGGAGCAAUUAAAGUUUUUACGUCAUAGGUGCUAAUAUGGUAAACAUCUAUACUCAAUGGUACUGAAUAUGCACGUGUUAAUUAUGCAAGACACCCUGUUUUCGGUAUUUAUAAAUAUUAGUAAUUAGUAUAUAUUACAUACAGUUGGUGUCUCGCGCUGUUUUGACAAAUUUGCCACAGAAUGUAUAAAAAUAUAGCCUGUGAUUAAAAUGUAUGUAACAAUUAAAUUAAAUAAUAGUCAUCAAUACGACGUGAGGAGAUAACUGUAUAGAGCGAUUAUAAUAUAGGUAUUGUUUUGAUACAUAUUAUAUGAAUUACAGUUUCUUUGUAGUAGGUAGUAGGUUAAACAAUUUAAAUAUUGAUAAUCCAACAAUAAUAGUUAUGACGAAUGUUUGUGCGCUUACAAGAAACAUAGCUGUCAACUGUUAGUGUAUACAUAUCAGGUCCAACGACCGUUUCUGGAUAAUAAUAGUUCGGAUAAAAAACUCAUUAAAAAAUGAUUACAGAAUGGUUACCGGAAAACUGCAGCUAUAGUGGUCAGUGUUUAUCCACGUACGGUUCGAGCUCGUGCGUGAAUCACCGGUGCGAAUGCGACGAGGGCUAUUACCAGGUGAAUUCCAACGAGUCCAACAAGAGUUAUUGCUCCAAGUGUUCGUCGGUCCAAGAGAGCUGUGAAACGUCGCAAUGCUGUCUGAGGCCACACGCGACCGAGUGCAUGAACGGCGUAUGCGUUUGCCGGCCGGACAUGGAAGACGAUUGUCUUUCGGUCGUUUACAGGGGCAGAUACUCUCCGACUUUGGGAGUGCAGUUGGCCAACACGUUGUCCCUGUCGUUCGCGUUCGUCUUCUUGGCCAUAACGUUCGUGGCGGUCAUCAGGAAGACUCUUUUCAAUUGCGGGCUCUGCAGCUGCGAGUCGUUGAGCAGAGUGGGCAGCAACAGUUCUUUGAACGAGUUCAUCAAAGAGAAAAUGCAAAACAGACCGCCGAGCUACGACGAAAUCGAAAAAGACCGCAAAGUUCCUAUUAACUUUAACCAGCCACCGCCCGCCUACGAUGUCCGUCGUCCGGGACGUGUAGAGGCAUUGCGGGGUGUAAUUAAUCGAGCUUUUUCGAUCAGCGACGAAGUCGACAUGAACACAGCACCGCCCAACUACUCUACCUUCACCACUGUAUCCAACACGACAUUGAGGCCCACUUCAUCGCAAAUCCAAAAUAACAACGAAGUCAUUCUCACUCGAGCCAUAUACUGCUGCAACAGCGCAGCCUGAGUGGGUGUACCCAAUUGACAAUAAUAGACAAGUGAAAAUAAUAGGUAUUAUGUAAAUAUUUUAAAAUUAAUUUACCAAAAAAAAAAAAAAACUAUUUAAAAAAACAAUUUAAAUUAUUUUCAUAACAAUAUAUAUAUAUAUAUAUUUGUUUUGUGACGAGAUACCCAUAACUGUACCUAUAACUUAUUAUUUGUAUUCAGUAUUUAUUUUUAUACCGAAUUAUAUAUGUAUAUAUAUAUAUUUUUUGUUACACAAACUGUACAUAAAAUAUUACGUUUAAGUAAAAAACUAAAAUUAUCGGUUAUUUGAUGUCAGUUAGGAUAAGUCAUACCGAAUAAUAUUUCUAAUUACGACACUUUAAACGAUACGGUUUCAUUGAUUCAUAUUUAAAUAUUUUCUAUGAUAUAGAUACUAAUAAUUUAAUUAUUUGUGUAUACAUUUUGGGGAAAAUUACAUAAGUGAAUCAUUCCUCUACGCUUAGUUAAAAUACAAUUAAAAUAUGUUUAGGAGGGACAAGGCAAUAUGAUAUGUUAAUUUACUCAGUUUAAAGUUUGUUAAAAAAUGACCAAAAUAACUAAGUAUCAUACUUAAGUACAAAAAAUUUGAACUUCACGAUAACGUAAUUUAAUUGUAGAAUAAUUAUAAUUUCCAUUAUUGUUGUUCAUAAAAAACAAUUUUAUUGUUAUUAUUAAUCCAACACUUGUAAUUUAAAACUACUUGUUAAAACAAAUAUACUAAAAAAACGUGAUAUUUUAUAGUUGGU